AUGCCCCUGAACCGAGAUCAUCUCGAGAUCAUUCCACAGCCUGAGCUGAACAUCCACGAAUUUGAUAUCCCCGCUCGAGAUGGACAUUCUAUUUGCGUCCGAGCAUACAAACAAUCAGGCCAGACCGACCUGCCUCUCCUCAUAUAUCUGCACGGAGACGAUGCCUCAUGUCGUGCGUUGGCAGCGCAGAUUCCCGUUCUUGUAUUAAACGACGAGUAUCGAUUGGCGCCAGAAAAUCCAUUUCCAACUGGCUUUGAGGAUAGUUUUGAUGUCGUUCGCUGGCGAGGAUUCAUUCUGGGUGGCACGUCUGCUGGUGCCAACUUUACAGCUGGCAUUGUCCAUCUUGCAGUGCAAGAAGGGUUGGCACCCGCACUGACGGGGCUAUUGUUCUUGGCAGGUAGUUUCUGUCAUCCCGAUGUACGCCCAAAGGAGUAUCGUGAUCGGAUCCUCAGUGUUGAUGAGAUCAACGAUGCGCCGGGACUUACACGCAAAUCCAUUGACUAUUUCGCGGCCAAGUAUGGAGCUCCGCCGAAAGACAAACGUCUCUCGCCACUUCUUUUUGAAUCGCAUGCCAAUUUGGCGAAGAAGGCGAUUUUCUAUGUUUGUGGAUGGGACCCCCGACGCGAUGAGGCGUUGUUGUUCGAGCAAAUGUUGAAGGAGGAACAAAUUGGUACGAAGGCGUAUGUUUAUCCGGGACUGCCACAUGGCUUCUGGGGAACUUGUCCUGACCUAGAUGUAUCGGAGGAUUGGCAGAGGGACUUGAUCGAAGGUGUUCGAUUCCUCUUGGAAUAG